GAGACCAACCUCCAGAAUUUUUCCAUUACGAUUGGCUUGAGCAUAAAUCAAUCAUUUAGCUAACCCCGCCCUCUCUGUACGGUCUGUAAAUGACAAACACUGUGGAGAAGUCGGGAAUGUGAUUGGCUGCUUUUUAAGACAAAGGUAAACCAAAGCAAGAUCAAGCCUAUCGAUUGGCCACGAUCCGGCGACGUGUUCCUGCGAUUGGCGAGAUUAGACGGGAGGAGAACUAGGACUCCCUUCCGGGGAUUGGUGGAAACACGAGGAAGGGGGGCGGGACCGCACCUACUUCUCCGCUGCCUGGGCGUGCUGCGGGCUGGCGGGCAAGAUGUCGGCUUCGAGAGUACCGGAGCUGAAGCAGAUCAGCCGCGGGGAGGCUAUGCGGCUUGGGCCCGGCUGGAGCCACUCUUGCCACGCCAUGCUGUACGCAGCCAAUCCCGGGCAGUUGUUCGGGCGGAUCCCGAUGCGCUUCUCGGUUCUGAUGCAGAUGCGCUUUGAUGGGCUCCUUGGCUUCCCUGGGGGGUUUGUGGAUCGUCGGUACUGGUCUCUGGAAGACGGGCUAAAUCGGGUGCUGGGCUUAGGCUUGGGCUACCUGCGCUUGACGGAAGCUGACUACCUGAGCUCCCACCUCACGGAGGGGCCCCACCGCGUCGUGGCCCACCUCUACGCCAGGCAGCUCACCCUGGAGGAGCUGCACGCGGUUGAGAUCAGUGCAGUGCACUCCCGGGAUCACGGGCUGGAGGUGCUGGGCCUGGUCCGGGUUCCCCUGUACACCCAGAAGGAUCGAGUUGGUGGGUUUCCCAACUUCCUUAGCAAUGCCUUCAUCAGCACUGCCAAGCACCAGCUGCUCUUUGCCCUGAAGGUGCUGAACAUGAUGCCUGAGGAUAAGCUGGCUGAGGCCUUGGCUGCUGCUACUGAAAAACAGAAAAAAGCCUUGGAGCAACAGCAGACAGCUUCAUCAUGAAGCUAUACAGUCUCCAUCCUUUAGGCUGGGUUUUCUCUCCCUAUCUCUCUUUUACCCCACCCCAUCUUUUUUUCUAAAUUUUCUAUGCCCCAGGGGCUAAGAAAAGACUUGAGAUAAUUGAUUAUACCUUAGAGGUGUGGGGUUUCUCCAGUUUUCCCCCUAUGACCGAAAAGGAGUGCAUUUCAUUCCUGUCUAUAACCUGUGCGGUCCUCUUUUCUUUGCAAAGCAGUAGCAGCGGCAGCAGCGGCAGCCCGGGCUGGCACUUCAGGUUUGUGUAGAGGGUUUAGAUAAAGGUCACAGGGUAAGGAGAAGCACCUGUCCAAGGUUUUUGAGUGACCCGUUUAUUAGCACUAGCUUCAAUGUUUGGCCUUCAGGGUCCAGGUCAAGGUCAAGAUCUUAAUAUUUCUCUGCAUGAAUCUUUCAUUUAAGGGGGCAGUUAUCAGUUUGGUUCAGGCCCCAGAUAUAAGAGUGUUCUGGUUUAAAAGGUUCCUUAAUUCUCAAGGAUACUUUUGGUUACAUUGACAUAUUCCUGCUUGUUCCAUUUCCUCAGCCCAAAGAAAGAAGAGAAGGAAUCAAAGGUUUUGGUGGGGCAUGGCUGGGGCUUUUUGGUUAUCUUUCCUUAUUUUGGAAUUUUUAGGUUUUAUACUCAAGUGGAAUAUGGAUGAGAUUUUAAAGCAACUUCUACCUUGCCUCUGACCUAUUUUGAAAGAACUUGGGCAGUUUAGCCUGACUGGGGUGGGAAAGGGGAUGCUCCUUCCCUGAAAGCCUGGGAAAGGGCUAAGGCUUGGUUGAGUGUGUGCACACACAUGCACACGUAAAUCUGAGCAGGAAAGAAAAAUAAAGUAGCUUGACAGCU